AUGCCGCCCAACAACGACCGACGAUCCGACGGCUUCGUCAGUUACGGCUCGUUCCCGUCCACCGACCGAGUCGACGAUGCGCCGCCGCCGUCGAAGCCGAAGCCCAAUACCCGUGCCCUGGCGCCCGACCUGCUGCGCGGCCUGCUGAUGCUCGUCAUGGCGCUGGACCACACGUCGCUGGCGCUCAACACGUGGGAGCACGGCACCGGCCGCACCUCCGAGGCCGACGGCGUCGUCAUCGGGCGCUGGAACCGGCCGGCCGCGUACAUUGUGCGGACGCUGACCCAUCUGUGUGCGCCGGGCUUCACGUUCCUGCUGGGCGUCGGCGUCGUGUACCUGGGCCGGUCGCGGACGCGUCUGGGCUGGACCACGCUGCGCAUCGCCAAGUACUUUGCUGUGCGCGGCCUGGUCUUGACCCUCAUCAACGUCGUGCUGGGUCUGGCUGUGUCGGGCGGCCAGGUGUGGUUCAUGAACUUCGUCUUGUUCGCGCUGGCCGUCGACUACUUCCUGGCUGGCAUGCUCUGGCUCGCCAUCAACAAGACGGAGCCGCUGCUCGCCCGGUCCAUCUCUGGGCUUCUACCAGACGAUCCCAAGGACAUGGACGCUGAAGAGCCUCUUCUGCAGUCUGGAGCAGCCGAAGUCUCAAGCAGCUCCGCCCGCGCGUCGGCCGUGUCGUGGCACGUACACAAUGCCAGCCUCUUUGUCCUCGGCCUGGUCACCAUCUGGUGGAACCAUUGGCUCUCUCCUACCGGCGGCCACUGCCAAUUCCGCAGCAAUGAACCCAGCACUUCAGCGGCUGGCCCGAUGCUUGACACUCCGGCUGUUUCCCACCAUCCUCUUGUUGGCAUUUGGUUCUGGAUUGUCGAGUCGAAGCGUGUGAUUUCCCCGUUCCCCCCCAUGGCCUGGCUGUCGUUUGCCAUCCUGGGUCUUCUCUACGCCCGGGUCAACCUGGCUCGCGCUUGGAGUCGCCGCAAUAUCGUGCUUAGUCAUUCCCUCGUUGGGCUCCUUUUCUUCAUCCUCUUUGUCAUGACUCGGGUUCUCCGUUUCGGAAACCUGUCCGAGGACUGCCUCCACACCCCCGAGCACGACAAACACCCAGACCAGAAUCCAUAUCUGGUCUCGGUGCAGUCUUUUUUCUACAUCAUCAAGUACCCCCCGGACGUAGCCUUCUGGGCCUUGACCUUGGCAGGCAACUUCUUCCUGCUCGCCCUUUUUGGCGGGCUUCCUGUCCACAUCAGCCAGCGCCUUACAAUCCUGCUCGACUUUGGCAGAGCCGCUCUCUUCUUUUACAUCGCCCAUCUAUUCGCCGUUUUUAUUGUCGGCGGGAUACUGGUCCCUUUGCUGGGCCACGAUGUGGGUAUUCCAGGCCCACAAAACCCUGAUAAUUCGCAGGGUAUUGAUAAUGUCUGGGCGUACUUGGCCAUCUGGGCUUCGUGUAUGCUGCUUCUCUGGCCAGCAACUCGAUGGUACAGCCGGUUCAAGAGUACCAAGUCGGCCAAUUCGAUAUGGCGAUUUUUCUAA